AUGGCAAUAAACGACAAAGGAGAACCCCCAGUCCGUACAGGGAAGCCGACCGGGAAAGUCACUAGUCCGCUAACGAGGAUCGCCACGGAAAUUGCCAUUCUUAAGAAGCUUCAUCAUCCGAAUGUCGUCCGUUUGAUUGAGUUGUGCGCAAAUUGCACCAAUUGGAUGUUCUUCGGUUUUAGUCCGGUUAUGGAGGUACCCACUGAUGAUCCGCUCGAUGAAGAAACAGCCUGGCGAUAUUUGCGGGACACACUGUUAGGCUUAGAAUAUCUACACUUUCAGAAGAUUGUGCACCGCGACAUAAAACCGUCAAAUCUGCUUCUUAGCAACACUGGUUCCGUCAAGAUAGCAGACUUUGGUGUGUCCAGCCAAUUCACCGGUGUCGACGCAUACCUCUCAGGGACUGUAGGCACGCCGGCGUUCGUGGCUCCAGAAGCCCUCAGAGAGAACAGCAACCAGUUCUACAGUGGCCGUGCUCAGGACAUAUGGUCGCUUGGAAUAACGUUGUACGCGUUCGUGUACGGCAACGUUCCCUUCGUUGACUCGAACAUCGCCGCUCUGUACGAAAAGAUUAGAAAUGAGCCGCUGGAGCAACCGAAAAAGUUUCCUGAUCGAAUCCCCUCCAACAACGACAGCUUCAACAAUUACUUUAGAACCCACGUUUCUCACUCUCUGCAGGAACUGAUUUCCUGUAUGUUGGAAAAAGAUCCCGGUCAUCGGUAUACACUCAAUGAAAUUAUGCAUCACCGUUGGGUAAUAAAAAAUGGAACUUCCGUUCUGACACAAGAAUUGAAGUACAGCCAUCUGGUGAAGGUUACCGACGAGGAGGUGCAGAACUCUGUGAAAGUCGUUCCUCGCCUUGAUACUGUGAUACUGAACAAAUCCAUGGUUCUUUGGAAGCACUUUGGCAACCCGUUCAGAGCAAAGCCCUCAAAUUCUGAAUAUUAA